GCGAGCGGCUGCCAGUCGGAAUUGUUCAUUAAACGGAAACACACACGUGAUGUUUUAAUACUUUUUUUAAAUACUUACCGUCCUCGGCUGAUGUUAGCAUGUUGCUACGCUUUGAGGACAAGUAUCACUCAGAAGACGUUUUGAUUGCAUGUGGAAGAAAACAACUAAACUAACAGAAGUCUUGGAAGUCUACUAUUGCCGGGUUUUUUUGUUGUUGUUGUUUUUUUGUUUUUUUUUUGUUUUGUUUUUUUUUGUACUGAAGAAGGUGCAGAUACAACAGGAGUUUAUAAAGACGUGGAUUCGACAAGUUGCACAAAUGGUCUUUCUGUGGGACGCCAAAUACGACCCCUCCCUUGGCCGGCGCUACACUCCCCCAUCCACCACCCUUGCAUCUGGGGAAAAGAUAGCUGAGGCCCUGGGCGCCCAGGAGGUUGAAAGCGGUGUGUCACUUGUGGGCAAGCUGCGCAUGGCCAGCCAUGACAUGGUGGUCUCCGAUCACACGGGAGAGUUGGUGAAGACGGACAGUCCUAACUUCCUGUGCUCGGUGUUGCCGACACACUGGCGGUGCAACAAAACCCUGCCCAUUGCGUUUAAGGUGGUGGCUCUUGGCGAGGUUUCUGAAGGCACAAUGGUGACAGUGAUGGCAGGAAAUGACGAGAACUACUCAGCAGAGCUGCGCAACGCCACAGCUGCCAUGAAAAACCAAGUGGCCCGAUUCAAUGACCUGCGCUUCGUUGGACGCAGCGGCCGGGGUAAGAGUUUCACUUUGACCAUCACAGUGUUCACCAACCCCCCCCAGGUGGCGACCUACCAGAGAGCCAUCAAAAUCACUGUGGACGGUCCCAGAGAGCCACGACGUCAUCGCCAAAAGAUGGAUGACAUCAAGCCCGGGUCGUUGGCCUUCUCCGAGAGGCUCACCGAGCUGGAGCAACUGAGGCGGAGCUCUAUGAGAGUAACGUCCCCACACCAUCAUCAUCACCCCCAUCAUCAGCAUCACCAUCAUCACCAUCACCAGGCCUCCGUCAGCAACACACGCCAGUCGGCUGCGGCCUCGUUGCACUCUGCCACGUUCGCCAGCCCCGCCCACACACAGAUGUCUGCUGAUGCUCGACCGCUGCAGUCCUCGCCAUCGUGGUCCUACGACCAGUCGUAUCCAUACCUGGGCCAGAUAGCCACACCCAGCGUCCACCCAGCCAAUCCCCUUUCACCAACUCGCUCGUCGCUGGGUGAUCUGUCCUCACGACUUACUGGUUCUGACCUUACCUUUGGUGACCCAAGGAUGACAUUGGAACGACCUUUCACCUCUCUUCCCUCUUUGCCGGACCCACGCUUCUCCGACCCGCGCGUACAUUACCCUCCCACGGCGGCCACCUUCACCUACACGCCCCCCCACAACCCCGUCUCCAAUGGCACGCUCGGCAUCACCAUGGCAACAGCCAUGGCGACCACACCCGCCGGAAGGUACCACACCUACCUGCCAACGCCAUACCCGUCAAACGUGCCGCACCAGCCGCAAAACAGGCCCUUUCAGUCCAACUCGCCGUACCACGUGUACUACUCGACGACCACCGGCUCCUACCAGUUCUCCAUGAUGGCGGGGGGAGGAGACUCACGUUCCCCGCCGAGAAUACUGCCGCCUUGCACCAACGCUUCCACCGGCUCGCCUCUCCUGCACCCGCCUCUGCCCAAUCAAAACAAUGGGGUGGGCGUGGAGGUGGAGUCGAGCCAUAGUAGCUCCCCUGCAAACAUGGCCGCCGUCGAGGCCGUUUGGAGACCUUACUGAUGGACGAACGUUUUCAUCAACGCACACUGAUAGUGCUUUUAUUUCAUGUGACACUGUAGAUGUUCAUUGUUUUUGUACGGCCGUAUGAUUUGAAGGAUGGAUGUAAAAGUAAGUUUUUUGUAGGAUUGCAAAGACAGAAUUGUCAAAAAUUCCACACCCAAAAAUUAGGGAUGUCCGAUAAUAUCGGACUGCCGAUAUUAUCGGCCGAUAAAUGCUUUAAAAUGUAAUAUCGGAAAUUAUCGUAUUGGUUUCAAAAUUGUCAGUAUCGGUUUCAAAAAGUAAAAUGUAUGACUUUUUAAAACGCCGCUGUGUACACGGACGUAGGAAGAAGUACAGAGCGCCAAUAAACCUUAAAGGCACUGCCUUUGCGUGCCGUCCCAGUCACAUAAUAUCUACGGCUUUUCACACACACAAGUGAAUACAACGCAAACUUGGUCAACAGCCAUACAGGUCACACUGAGGGUGACCGUAUAAACAACUUUAACACUGUUACAAAUAUGCGCCACAUUGUGAACCCACACCAAACAAGAAUGACAAACACAUUUCGGGAGAACAUCCGCACCUUAACACAACAUAAACACAACAGAACAAAUACCCAGAACCCCUUGCAGCACUGACUCUUCCGGGACGCUACAAUAUACAACCCCCUACCCCUCCCAACCCCCACUCAACCCCGCCCCUCCCAACCCCGCCCACCUCAACCUCCUAAUGCUCUCUCAGGGAGAGAAUGUCCCAAAUUCCAAGCUGAUGUUUUGAGGCAUGUUAAAAAAAAUAAUGCACUUUGUGACUUCAAUAAUAAAUAUGGCAGUGCCAUGUUGGCAUUUUUUUCCAUAACUUGAGUUGAUUUAUUUUGGAAAACCUUGUUACAUUGUUUAAUGCAUCCAGCGGGGAAUCACAACAAAAUUAAGCAUAAUAAUGUGUUAAUUCCACAACUGUAUAUAUCGGUAUCGGUUGAUAUCGGUAUCGGUAAUUAAGAGUUGGACAAUAUCGGAAUAUCGGAUAUCGGCAAAAAAGCCAUUAUCGGACAUCUCUACCAAAAAUACAAAAAUCUGGUACUUACAGUAAACAGGGAAAAAAAAUGAUGACCAAAAGUGACGCAUUGAAAAAAAAAACUAACCAAAAACUACCACCUCAAGACUUACUGGGCAAAAAGGAGGAGCGGAGCAACGAGGACGACUGGAAGACGGUGGGAGACUGAAGGUUUUUUUUUUAAACCACAGAAUGUCGGUACUUGGGGCUUUUCAACGCCACUGAUUGGGAAGCUGACGCAAGUGUGUCUCAGUUACCCACCCUUCAUUGGAAGUGGGCAUCUGCAGAGGAAACACAAAAAAGAAUCCAAAAGGGGAAAACGAUACAAAAUAAAAGGCAAGGUGAGAAAAUGGAGUGCCUUAUGACAAACGUGUUGUAUCCUCACUCUGUCUGGUGAUCCUCACAAUAGUUAAUGACAUUAUUCAGGUUUCCUUUGACUGUUGUUGAUCACAAUGUCCUCAGUCAACCGACAAUUAAAUUCAACAUCAAACUUUUCAAAGUAUGUGUAAUGUUUUGUGUAGGAUUGGACCCAGCAUGCACGGACAGAAUUUUAAAAAUAUUUAAUCAGAACUCACGUCGGCAUGUAAACGAACCAUCGCAAAAGGACAAACCCAAAGCUACCAAAUCAAAAAUGUACUAGACGAAAUGUUGCAACAGAAGCAGACCAACAAGAACAGAUGGAAGACAAAGAAUCAGUGUGAACAUUCUGCUUUGUAUAAAAAAGGACAUGGAAAAAUACUAGAGCAGUGGUUCUCAAACUUUUUUUUACCUCAGAAAAAACGUGGCUCUUCCAGUAUCACCAUAAUGACCAACAUUAAAAUACAAUAGCAUAGUAGGCUUAAGUAUUUAUUGAAACAAGGCAGAGGUUUUAUUUACCAAGUAUAUUGAAUACUUUUGGGCACUGUAACAUUACACAGAGUUUGAACAGUAAUACUGUGUUUGAAUAUAGCAAAACAAAACACUGUACUUUAAUCAAGUGAUUAUUUGGCGUAUCCCCAGGAGCAGCCUGAAUACCCCUAGUGAUGCACGUACUCAGUUCUUGGUAUUGUUAGGGUGAUCGCAUUUUCAUUAUCCAAAACCAAGACAAUCGGCCCUGCAAUGAAAUGUUUAAAUGAUACUCACUGUUUACUCAAAAAUGCCUUAUAAUUUGAAUGCAUUAAACAUAUGCAUCAUCUGUAAUAUGAAAUUGUUAUCAAACAAAAGACUUUCUAUAACCAAAGACACAAUUUCAGAUAUGCUGCUCAGGUUAUGUUUUAUUAUGCCUGAAAUAAUAUCUCUUUGUUAAGUUUCACUGAUACAAAAAUAACUUCUGAAAUAAAACAGUCACCAAUAUAUUAUUUAACAGUCUGAUGCAGGAGAACAAAUAAGCUUCUCCCUGCCACAGAUGUUGUGGUUUUCAACCAGCGUGUAGCGGUUGCCCUCUUGUGAGUUCCCCUGAUCGCGACAGACCUUCUUAAGAGCCCGGUAGUCAGGUGCAAUAAUAUUUUUAUUGUGCGCACACGCGCCAGGUCAGCACUCUUUUCAGCAACUUUUCAGUCUUUCGGCUGUUCUUCCUCUUGCGGCGUGGUCUUGGGCACAUGUGUGGGUUGUCUGGCUUAAACUCCAACUACUGUCUUGGCCCGGCUGCUGCUAAUAAGCAUGGCAGGUGAUUGGAUGAUUAGCCCCAGCUGGGUAAUCCAAUCACCUGCCAGCUGUGCUUCGAGGCCGGUCCUUAUAUACCCUGCUCUGCGGCAGGCCCGCAGACUACGCCCCCCUCUACACAGCGGUUCUCAAACUUUACCACCUCAGAAUACACUUGGCUCUCCAAGUACCUCUAUAAUGACCAACAGUAAAAUACAGUAGCCUAAUAGGCCUAAAUAUUCAUUAAAGCCCACCCAGAUGUUUUAUUUAACAAGUAUAUUCAAUACUUUAGCCACUGUAACAUUGCAAACAGUUUGAAUUGUAACUCUGUGUUUAAAUAUAAGAAAAUAAAACAUAGUACUUUAAUCAAAUGAUUUUUUGGCGUACCACUAGAGGAACCCUGCGUACCAUUACAGUUUAAAAAUCACUGUUCAAAACACUACUAAUUGGGAUAUGUCUGCAAGUGUGCCUCGUUGCCUCACCCCCACCGGCAGUAAAGGUAUCUGUAGAGGAAACACAAAAAAGGAACCUGUGGAAACAAUACUGUGUAAAAGUCAGGACAAAAAGCGUACUGUGACAUUUUGUAUGAGAAACAGUUAAAAUGAAUAUUAUGACAUUUUGGACUAUUUAUAAGCUUAUUUUUACAACUUGAAAAUGUCUGACAAGCUUACACUUAAUGAUACCAGCCUGUAUGUGUACUCUUCCAACUUGUAUAAAUAUAUUUAUUUUCCAUCAUGAUUCAA